AUGCAGAAAAUCUGGGGUUGGAUUUGUGAUCGUAAGACGAACACAAUCCGCAAGUGGAGAAGUACGUUGGUCCGUCGAGCACCCGACGAAGCAGAUGUGUGCUAUAAAAAAAACGGAACACGAGUCGGUCUUAGUGUAUCGGAUCUCAAUCUACCGUCCACCUCGAAAGAUCAUGAACUCGAGUACGAGGAAUUCUUCGAGGAACCGCAAACGAAAACUAUUCUUGACGACCAAGCAACUGAUUGCUCGGCAUCAGUUAUGACUCUGGACUCUGAACAACGAUAG